UCGUGAUAGUACGCCGAUAUUUUUUUCAUCUUCUUCUGCCCGGUUAUUUCCUGGGCUCGAGCCUGCCAUGUGAACGAUUAUGUUUACCUCGGGUUGCACGUAAACGUCAAAAAUAUUGUUGGAAUUGAAUUUAUAGGAUCGCCGUGCUGAAUGGUGAUAAGACUAUCACUUGACGAAUACGACACGGCGCGGAAGGACUUUAAGUUUAAGAAGACUUAACUCGAGACACGGAAUUGGCCAUGUUGCAGAACGAUUUGAAUCUCUUAUUCAAAUCGUAACACUUCCAGUUUAUCACUUCAUACACGAUGCAUUUCAGAAAUUUGAAAUCUGAACAUCGGGAUUUAUGGUCCAUUGGUAUCUCUGCGAACCAUGAAGGAGUCCUGGAAUCAAUGACUCUAUUGAAGCAAGAUAAACGUGACCCGAAUUGUUUUCGCAUAAAUAUCACACUGCGGGAGAUUCUUCAAUCUUUAACUCGCUAUCGUAGCGUGACGCAGUGGCUCGACCGUAUGAAAGAUGACGCUCCGGCAUUUCUUACCAUCACCUCGCUACAGCUUCCCGAUUCUCCGAUACCCCUGAUCGACUCCCAGGCGAUCUCUCGAUGCCAAUCUCAAGAGUCGGCCAGAACACUCGACGGCAAUAGCUAUGACAAGGACGACAUCAUGGAUGAGCUUCUGAGAAAGGUUGUCGCCGUCAGAGGUCAGACGGAAACUCAAAGAUCAAAGCGAAACAAAGGAUCCUCAUCAAAGUGUUCGAGAGAGUUCACGGAUCUCGAGGAAUCUACCCGGAGGAUAAUUGAAGGGCCCGGUUAUUCAACAGGAAGGUCAAGAAGGUCGACCCGAAAAGCCAACGGGAACCAACGCAAGGACUGCACUUGUUCAGAGGUUUCGAACAAUCUGCGAAUAAAUAUUCGCAAGAAGACGGAAAUCCGGCGAUCGUCACGAAGCCCGAGUCCGGAGGUAACGCAUGUAAUAAGGAUUGCGAUGAGGUACCACGGCCAGGAGGAAGGCGAGGAAGGAAGAUCCGCAGCGAAGCCGAAGGAUGUCGCUAAGGACAAGAAGGACCGACCCGCGACGGUAGGGCAGGAGGGUCGCGGCUGCUGCCCCGGGGUUAGCGUCGCUCUGGACUUCACUUUGAAUUGUUCAAGCCUCCAUUUGACAUCUCGAGAUGUGCCCGUGAAGCCAAGCGGGAACACAGGCUCCUUGACACGCCUGGAUCAAUCCGACGAAAAUUCGGGGCCUGAUUAACCCGCGAAUUCACUAGUUCGAUGCCGAUCCCAUUAUGUGAAUGAAGAUCAUCGAGAUCAUAUGAUUAUAUAUAUGGCACCGGGUGAAAUCUUCUGACUAGUGAUUAUUUCACUAGUCGCGAAAUAGCACCUCGAAAAAAAUGACUAGUUCAUCAGCGUAGCUCUGAUAAUUGCUGGAAAUUCUUUGAGUAUUCGCUACGCAUAUUGUCCUUCUUUUUUGAUUGGCUACUAUUUUCAGAUUUUAUGUAAUGCAAGCUGAUCAAGUGAUCGUGCACAACCAAAGAUCAAGCGUCUGCACGGAACAAGAUUCACGGUUUAGCACAGCUGGACGGAUUUUUUUAAAGGUAGAAUAGAUUGGCUAUUUUUUGAGUCGAAAACCAGUGUAUCAACCGUUAUUGUAAUAUCUGAUAUAAAUAUAUAAUUUAAGGUUUGUUGGCUCGUGGUUUGCAGUUAUUAGUUAAAGAGAAAUUCCAUCUACUUGUUAUUACAGUAUCGAGUUACUGAAAGGUAAUAUUUCGUA